CAUUACCCUCGCUCGAAACAUUGACCCAUACAGCAGCUCCGGCGAGCUCGUCUAUCUUUUGGUAGUGCGACCGAAGUCUGCAAAUAACAUCAAGCGCGUGCGAAGCUCAUCGGACAGCUCUUGACGCUACCUGGCGCAUACUCGACGGCGCAUACAAUGAAUCCUCAAAUACAACUCCCCCGACCAAAUGGCGGACCUUCAAACUUCGGUUCGACGCCAUCGACACGGCGGAGCGAAAUCCGCAUGCCGCGCUUCUUCAAGCGUUUGUUCAAGUUUCCGCAGAUGGACUUCGAGAUGGCCAUAUGGGAGAUCAUGAGCCUGAUAAUAGCACCAAAGAAGGUGUUUCGGCAGAUAUACUACCACAAACAAACCACCAAGACAUACCACCGCCCGGACCCGUCGUUCACCUACCUGCUCUCGUUUUUCCUCACACUGACGUCGCUCGCCUGGGGCUUCGCAUACGCCGACGGAUUCACGCAGACGCUGCACAUCACGCUGGUCUUCAUAUUCGGGCACUUCCUGCUGCUGUCGCUUGUUACAGCGACCUUGUUCUACUUUCUUGUGGGCCGUCUGUUGGGGCCGGGGAACUCGCUGCUGCCUGGGCGGAGGCGAGGCUUGUAUAACCUGAACGACGGCGAGAGCAAAGAAGAGCUGGAGUUUGGGUACUGCUGGGACGUGUCGAUACGUGCGUUUGUGCCGGUCUGGGUGUUUCUCUACGUGGUGCAGUUCUUGUGCAUGCCGCUGGUCGGGACAAAUCAUUGGGUCUCGCUCCUCUUGGGGAACACGCUGUACGUGUUUGCGCUCACCUACUAUUUCAUCAUCACUUUCCUCGGCUACAACGCGCUGCCGUUUCUACACCACACCGAGCUUCUGCUUGUCCCAGUCGCGGUGGUGACGAUAUUGUGGUUCAUUUCGCUGUUUGGAUUCAAUAUGGCGAAACACUUUGCGCCGGUUCUGUGGGCGGGCGCCAGGCUGCGGAAGCAGGUAGGGUGAGGGAACGUAUUACACACUAUCAUCAAAAGAAUUUCUGGGUCAAGACAGCAUGGCGAAUCUAUUAGCAUCUCUAGCGAUUCAGCAUUCUCGGCGUUAGUAAUGGCAGCACAGCAAUGCACCUUUCGCUUGCAACUACCACAUGAUCAGAUCCAGUGAACUAUCGAAGCCUGCAUGAAUGCCAGACUGGUCCAAUGGAUUAGUGUUUGUAAUAAUUGCC